GUCAUAGAAAGUCAGUUUCUAGGGAUACAUCAAUAGUCGGGGUCAUAGAAGGUCGGUUUCUAGGGUACACCAAUAGUCAGUGUCAUAGAAGGUCGGUUUCUAGGGAGACACCAAUAGUCAGUGUCAUAGAAGGUUGUUUUCUAGGGUACACCAAUAAUCAGGGUCAUAUGAGGACAGGUGUCUACGGUUACACCAGUAAUCAGGAUCAUAUAAGGCCGGUUUCGGGGGGUACUCAAAUAGUCAGGGUCGUAGAAGGUCGGUUUCUAGGGUUGCACCAAUUGCCAGUGUCAUAGAAGGUCGGUUUCUAGGGGUACACCAAUAGUCAGGGUCAUAAAAGGUUGGUUUCUAGGGGUAUACCAAUAGUAGGGGUCAUAGAAGGUCGGUUUCUAGGGGUAUACCAAUAGUCAGGGUCAUAGAAGGUCGGUUUCUAGGGGUACACCAAUAGUCAGGUUUAUAAAAGGUCGGUUUCUAGGGGUACACCAAUAUUCAGGGACAAAGAGAGCCGGUUUCUAGACGUACACAAAUAGUCAGGGUCAUAGGUCGGUUUCUAGGGAGACACCAAUAGGCAGGGUCAUAGAAGGCCGGUUUCUAGAGGUACACAUAUAGUCAGGGUCAUAAAAGGUUGGUUUCUAGGGUUACACCAAUAGUCAGGUUCAUGAAAGGACGGUUUCUAGGGGUACACCAAUAGUCAGGGUCAUAGAAGGUCGGUUUCUAGGGAGACACCAAUAGUCAGGUUCAUAGAAGGUCGGUUUCUAGAGGUAAACAAAUAGUCGGGGUCGUAGAAGGUCGGUUUCUAGGGAGACACCAAUAGUCAGGGUCAUAGAAGGUCGGUUUCUAGGGGUACACCAAUAGUCAGGGUCAUAGAAAGCCGGUUUCUAGGGGUACACCAAUAGUCGGGGUCAUAGAAGGUCGGUUUCUAGGGGUACACCAAUAGUCGGGGUCAUAGAAGGUCGGUUUCUAGGGGUACACCAAUAGGUCAGGGUCAUAGAAGGUCAGUUUCUAGGGAUACAUCAAUAGUCGGGGUCAUAGAAGGUCGGUUUCUAGGGUACACCAAUAGUCAGUGUCAUAGAAGGUCGGUUUCUAAGGAGACACCAAUAGUCAGUGUCAUAGAAGGUUGGUUUCUAGGGUUCACCAAUAGUCAGUGUCAUAGAAGGCCGGUUUUUAGGGAGACACCAAUAGUCAGGGGUCAUAGAAGGCACAGCUGUACAGUUGAAACUUGCACAUGCAUAUUUCAUUAAAAAAAAAGAUUAGUUUUAAACCUUACUUAGAUAUCCUGGUGAGCGAGUGGGACCCUUUAUGACUCUUGUUAAGAUUUGUAAAUACAAAAUUAUUUAUCUAUAUCAAUAUGUUUAUUUUUAGAUAAAGCAAUGGAUUAGACUGAAGAUCAGACAUGGACCAAAAGGAAGAUCCUCACGGGAGAUCCCAUCGGAAACAUAACAGGAAGCGCAAAACCAGUUCUCCUAAACUGGAGCGGAAGAAGAUUGCUAUCGCACAAAAUGCAAGGGUGGAUGAAAAACAGCCAAAGGAUGGCCGGACAGAGGAUGACUUCCAUGAAAUUACUCAUUCAGCAUGCGGAAGCGAUGAGGAUAGUCAAACUGUCCUAACGGGCUGGUACUCGGAUUCAUCAGAUUCCGACCAUGAAAUGGACCAGCCGUCACUUCUGGAACAGCUUAAGACCAUCCUGGAUAAUUAUCAAGACGCCCAAAUCAUCCGGGAACUGAUUCAAAAUGCCGAUGACGCAAAAGCCACAGAGAUGAAGGUUACAUAUGUAAAAGAUGGUCAGAUGAAUAACCCGCGACAGCACAAGCUGAACGGAUGUUAUUCAGAAUAUUUCAGGUCUCCCGCCUUGUGUGUAUAUAACGACGCAGUGUUCAACAAACAGGACUGGAAGUACAUUACAAGUAUCUACCGCAGCGGAAAACGUGAAGACGCUCUGAAAGUAGGCAGGUUCGGACUCGGGUUCAAGUCAGUGUUUCACAUGACAGGUUUGUAAUUUUUCCUGAGAUUAAUAGUGCCCUCUGAGAUUCUUGC